AUGUCACAACCAUCUGAUCACACAUUUAAGUUUUUUGCUUUGGGUGGUGGUAACGAAGUAGGAAGAUCAUGUCAUAUUUUACAAUACAAAGGAAAAACUAUUAUGUUAGAUGCAGGCAUUCACCCUGCUCACAAAGGAAUGGCAUCUCUUCCUUUUUAUGAUGAUUUUGAUUUAGAAACCGUCGAUAUCCUGUUAAUUUCUCAUUUUCACUUAGACCAUGCUGCAUCACUUCCGUAUGUAAUGCAAAGAACUCCAUUUAAGGGAAGGGUAUUCAUGACACAUCCAACUAAAGCUAUAUAUAGAUGGCUACUUCGAGACUUUGUUAGAGUUACAAGUAUUGGUGCGGAUCCAACAAGCGAUGAGGAAUCUUUGUAUACGGAUGAAGAUUUAGUUGAAUCUUUUGACAAGAUCGAAGCUAUCGAUUAUCACUCCACAAUAGAAGUCAAUGGUAUUAAAUUUACUGCCUUUCAUGCAGGUCAUGUUCUUGGUGCUGCAAUGUUUCAGAUAGAAAUAGCGGGAUUAAAAAUUUUAUUCACUGGGGAUUAUUCUAGAGAAGUGGAUCGUCAUCUAAAUUCUGCUGAGGUUCCACCACAGCCUUCAGAUGUUCUUAUUGUUGAAUCAACUUUUGGUACAGCUACUCAUGAACCGCGUUUACACAGAGAAAAAAAACUUACACAACUUAUACAUUCUACUGUUGGUAAGGGUGGCAGAGUUUUAAUGCCUGUGUUUGCAUUGGGUAGAGCACAAGAAUUAAUGCUUGUAUUAGAAGAAUACUGGCAAAACCAUUCUGAAGAAUUGGGAAAUGGGCAGGUGCCAAUAUAUUAUGCCUCUGAUCUGGCCAGAAAGUGUAUGAGUGUAUAUCAAACAUAUGUAAACAUGAUGAAUGAUGAUAUACGUAAGAAGUUUAGAAAUUCACAAACGAACCCAUUUAUCUUCAAAAAUAUAGCUUAUUUGAAGAAUUUAGACGAUUUUGAAGAUUUUGGUCCAAGUGUUAUGCUAGCCUCACCUGGGAUGUUACAAAGUGGUAUUUCAAGAGAUUUAUUAGAAAAAUGGUGUCCUGAGGAAAAAAAUUUAAUUUUAAUUACAGGCUAUUCAGUCGAGGGAACUAUGGCUAAAUAUAUAAUAUUAGAACCCGACACAAUCCCGUCUGUUAAUAAUCCAGAAAUUUCAAUCCCUAGACGCUGUCAAGUAGAAGAAAUAUCCUUUGCUGCACAUGUUGAUUUCCAGGAAAAUCUUGAAUUUAUUGAAAAAAUCCAUGCUUCUAAUAUCAUAUUAGUCCAUGGUGAAUCUAACCCCAUGGGUAGAUUAAAAUCUGCCCUAUUGUCAAAUUUUUCGUCGUUAAAAGGUACAGAAAACGAAGUCCAUGUAUAUAAUCCACGAAACUCAGUCGAAGUUAACAUAGAAUUUAAAGGUAUUAAGAUUGCUAAAGCUAUUGGUAAUAUUGUGGAUGAAAUAUAUAAAGAAGAGAGUGAUAUUCAUGAGAUUAAACACGAAGAGGAAACUACAGAUAUUAAGAUAGAGGCAGAUUCCACGACAAAAGAUAUAACAAACGAAAUAACUAAUAAUAGUGUUAAAAAAGAAGAAACAAUUGAGGAUGAAAUGAUUAAACCCGAAAAUAAUUUUGAUAAAGAGAUCAUUGUCUCUGGGUUGUUAGUAUCCGAUGACAAGAAUUUUGAUUUAAACCUGGUCUCAUUAUCAGAUUUAAGAGAACAUCAUACAGAGUUAUCUACAACUAUUCUGAAGGAAAGACAAACAUUAAAAAUAAAUUGUAAGAAAGAAUUAGUAUAUUGGCAUAUUUGUCAAAUGUUUGGUGAUAUCACAAUACUGCAGGAUGAUGAAAAUAUCACUGGAGAGACUAUAGUAAAAAACCAAAAGCAAGAAAAUAAAUCUAAGGAAGAUAAAAAAUUAAUCUUGCAAAUUAUGGGAGAUAUACAUGUAACAUUAGUUGAAUCAGUAGCCAUUGUAGAAUGGACACAGGGAUUAGUAACCGAUACUAUUGCAGAUUCAGUAGUUGCAAUUUUAAUGUCUGUUGAUUCUGCCCCUACAAGUGUAAAAAUGAGUAGUCAUCACUGCAGUCACGAACAUCCAAAAAAGUCUGAAAACUAUUAUGAAGAAAAUAUUCUUGCCCAACAAUACGAAAUAACGUGGAAAAUUAAAAAAGUAGUUGAGCUAUUCAAAGAACAAUUUGGUGACGCUUUUACUUUAAAUUUGAAUGAACAAAAAGGAGAAGAACUUAAGAAAACAAAUACAGAUAUUAUCGGUGUAAUCACUCUUGGAAAGCAUAUAGCAAAAGUUAAUUUCACCAGCAUGAAAGUAGAGGAAUGUAACUCCAAUCCAUUAAAAGGUAGGGUAGAAAGCAUAUUAAGUAUUGGAGGUGACUUAGUCUCAACAUUAUGUUGA